AUGGAUAAUCUUGACAAGUUCUAUCGGAGUUUCGAGAGACCUCCUUUUGCUCCUGUAUACUACCCAACGGCCGAAGAGUUUCUGGAUCCUCUUGCUUACGUUGCGAAAAUCCGUCCAGAAGCAGAAGAAUAUGGUGUUGUCAAAAUUGUACCUCCAGAGAGCUUUAAGCCUCCUUUUGCCAUCGAUAGCGAGGCCUUCGAGUUUACGCCUCGAAUUCAGAAAUUAAACGAGGUGGAGGCUAUAGUCAGAGAGCGGCUGGUAUUCAUGGAGAAGUUGACAACUUUUUGGAGUUUGCAAGGUUUCGAGUUCAAAAACCUUCUUGUAGAUAAUAAAAAUAUUGAUCUCUUCAGGCUUUAUAAGGCGAGUUUGGUUGUAUGCAGUAUGGGGGGAGCGAAUUUAGUCACAUCGAGGAAGCAAUGGACUCAAGUGGCACGGAAGGUCAAUGUUCGGACCAACCAUGGUAUUUGCAGCGUUAAGUCUUACUACACAAAAUUUAUGCAGCCAUUCAUAUCCUUGUUGGAGAGCAGACGUAGUAUUGAUGAAGAGCCUACCAGCGAUGUUGACAUGAAGGAUUCAGAAGAUGUCUGCGUGCCAUCGAUGCAAGUGUGUAGCAGUGGGGAUGACGAAGACUGCCUUCUGCUCUGUGAAGAUUGCGAUAAAAGUAUCCAUACUCGCUGCUGUGAUCCACCAUUAGAUUGUGUGCCGAAGGGUGAAUGGCGUUGUCCAAGUUGCGUUGCUACCGAGGUCUCGAAAAUUGGUCUCAACUAUGGUUUUUACGAUACUCAUGUCACAUAUAACCUAUUUACCUUUGCCGAAUAUGCUAACAAGUUUAAAACAGACUACUUUAAUGUAAAGGAACCGGAGGAUGUUUCGGCAGAAGCAGUAGAACGUGAGUUUUGGCGUAUUGUCAUCAACACUGAGGAAACAGUUGUUGUCAAAUAUGGUGCAGAUCUGAUAACUAGCAAGGUAGGUAGUGGAUUUCCUCGAAAGGGUGAUGACUAUCGUGGAAUUGAUUCUAAACAGAAGCACUACUACGCGCAUCAUGCGUGGAAUCUGAACAAUUUACCAGUCCUUAAAGAAUCGGUUCUCUCGCACAUAGAAACUGGUAUAUCCGGAAUGAUGGUACCUUGGGUAUACGUUGGGAUGUGCUUUAGCACAUUCUGCUGGCACACGGAAGAUCACUGGACGUAUAGCAUUAAUUACAAUCACUGGGGAGAACGCAAAAUUUGGUAUGGAAUUGGUGGAGAUAACGCACCAAAAUUUGAGGAGGUAGUUCGCCAAUUAGCGCCAGAUAUUACAAUGCAGAAGGAUAUUUUCCAUCAUAUGACUACUGCCGUAAAUCCAGCAGUUUUACUCUCUAGAGGAGUGAAAAUUUGGACGGUGCAUCAAAAUGCAGGUGAAUUUGUCAUCACAUUUCCACGGGCUUACCAUGCAGGUUACAAUGAAGGGCUGAACUUCGCAGAAGCUGUUAAUUUCGCUCCUAUUGACUGGUUGAGCAAGGGACGUCAGUGUAUUUCCGAAUAUGCAAAUGUUCGUCGAUUUUGUGUGUUUUCUCAUGAUGAACUGGUUUUGAAGAUGGCUUCUUCAUGUGGGAAACUUGGAAUAGCAAUGAGCCUGGCUACACUGGAUGAGAUGCUUGAGAUAGCGAAACGAGAAAGCCAAAGUAGAAUGGAAGUCACUAAACGUGGAGUGCAGCUGUCGCAAAGGGAAAAUUUUGAAUCCAUUGUUGACGAUGCACGCGUUUGCAGGUAUUGUAAUACUACUGUGUUCCUUUCUGCUUUAACUUGUGCCCAUGGAAAGACAGUCUGCCUUGAGCAUACGGAUCACCUGUGCAGCAAGUGCCUAGCUUCGGAGUGCUUAUUGAAGUAUCGGUAUACCAUUGAUGAACUGAACGAAAUGGUCCAUAAACUUGAAGAACGUACAACACUUUAUUUCGAAUGGAAGGACCAAGUUGAUAACAUUUUGAGCAACGCUCAGCAUAAACCACGUUGCUGCUUUAGAGUCAAAACUCGAAUACAACGUGCAGACACUCGUUUGGAUCUUGACGGCAUCAGACUUCUUAUCGAUGAACUACGUGCAUUGCCAUGCGAUCAAGAGAUCCUAAUAAAAGAACUCGAGAGCCUUGUUCAAAGAAUAGAGACUUGGCGAGUUGAAGCCAAUAAGGUUAUCAGUCGGUGUAAAGCAGGCGACCUUGACGUAUCCUCCGAUAGUCUACAAGCUCUUGUUGAAAGAGGAGAAGACUUCGACGUGCGUUUGGACGAAGUGGAUCAACUUUGCCGCACACUAGAAAUGCGUCGAUGGACGACUGAAGCUAAGCGUGUAUUGGAGUGGUGUACACCUGAAGGGUUCGAAGAACGUGACGAUUUUUUGAGUCACGUGCGAUUUAAGGCAGACGACGUUUUGCGUUUGGUUUCUGAAGGUUCACGACUGUUCGCUAAUAGUGGUUCUUUAUCUCCUGUUAAUCGACUACACUCCACUCUUAAAGCUGCUCUUCUUUCUGAAUCCAAAGUUGAGUUACUGCUUUCUGACUCUUCUGCGAAUGAAAACGACCUUUACACCCUUUGGGAGGAAAUUCGGAAGUCAGAUUGGCUUGAUUCGAAAACAAUGACUGUAUUGAGAGAGGAGUUAAUACGAGUGCAUACUGUUCGACAGCGAAUGUGUCAACGAGAAAUCACUUUACAUGACACGCUAGAUGUUAUCAAGGAGUGUCGAAAUUCAAAAUUUCUUGUCGAAUCAGAUAUGCACAAGAGUGCCAUGGAGCUACGAGAUAACUUGCUCAAGUUUACUCAAAGAUUACUGAACCUGUUUCAGAAACCAGCUUCUUAUUAUAAUUUAGUAGAGAUAAUUCGCGAUCGUGAUGACCUUGCACCCUUAGCGGAAGGUCAGACACUUGUCCGUUAUCUCAUUGAUGCGUCGCAUCCAGAAGAGCAGUGGUUGCAAUUAUGUGAAUUUGGAACAUCCGCUGAAAUGAAACAACAUUUACAAGCGCUAAGGUCUCAGCAGCGUACCCUCAUCGGUUCGCUGCAGUUAAUAAACACGCAGAGAACGGUCGCUGAGACCUGCGUUUGCGCUGGUAUAGCCCAAAACGACGCGGAGUUGCUUGUUUGUUUGCUUUGUCGUGCGAAGUAUCAUAGUAUGUGCUGCGAAUGGGACUCGUUCUUAGACCGGCUUCCCGAGUUUUCGUAUCUUUGCGUUAGAUGUUUACGUGGAAGGAGACCGUGCAUUGAAGACGUUCAGGCUGCAUGUAACGUCGCUCCUCAAAAUUCUCUUGAGGUUGUUCUUGUUCGAGAGCUGAUUUACCGAGGGCGUGAGCUGUCGUGUGCUGCUACGUCUUUAUUCGCGGAAAUUGUUGAAGCUGGUGAUGAAUGGAGCGUUCAAUUGACGGAAAGGUAUCUUUUCCUCUUGUCUGCUGUGACUUUCCUCUAG